ACUAGCUGCUAGGUUAGAUUACUCCAAGAAGUCUCGCUUUAAAUGUCGCCUCUCUCAAUCCUUUGCCCAAAUUUCUUUACCAAUCUCUGAUUUCUCAAAUCAAUUAUCGUAUCUCACAGUCGAAGAAGAUGAGUCACCCAGCCGAAUCCUCUGACUCGAAAGGAGGGAAGAAGGACUUCUCGACGGCAAUACUGGAGCGCAAGAAAUCCCCCAAUCGCCUCGUCGUUGACGAGGCCGUCAAUGACGACAACUCUGUCGUGGCUAUGCACCCCGCUACCAUGGAAAAGCUGCAGCUUUUUCGUGGUGACACAAUUCUAAUCAAGGGCAAGAAAAGGAAGGAUACAGUCUGUAUUGCCCUUGCUGACGAUACAUGUGAUGAGCCAAAAAUUAGGAUGAACAAGGUUGUUAGAACAAAUUUGCGAGUUCGACUUGGAGAUGUCGUAUCUGUGCACCAGUGCCCAGAUGUUAAGUAUGGGAAGCGAGUUCAUAUACUGCCAUUGGAUGAUACCAUAGAAGGUGUCACUGGGGAUCUGUUUGAUGCAUACCUGAAACCUUACUUUUUGGAGGCAUAUCGUCCUGUGAGGAAAGGAGAUCAUUUCCUUGUUAGAGGAGGGAUGAGAAGUGUGGAAUUUAAGGUCAUUGAGACUGAGCCAGGGGAGUAUUGCGUUGUUGCCCCAGACACUGAAAUCUUUUGUGAAGGAGAGCCUGUUAGAAGGGAGGAUGAGGAUAGGUUGGAUGAGGUUGGUUAUGAUGAUGUUGGCGGUGUCAGGAAACAGAUGGCUCAGAUUCGUGAAUUGGUGGAACUGCCAUUAAGGCAUCCCCAACUUUUUAAAUCUAUUGGUGUGAAACCACCCAAAGGAAUUUUACUAUAUGGACCCCCAGGUUCUGGAAAGACAUUAAUUGCGAGGGCCGUUGCUAACGAAACAGGUGCUUUCUUCUUUUGUAUUAACGGGCCAGAAAUUAUGUCAAAAUUGGCUGGUGAAAGUGAAAGCAACCUCAGGAAGGCAUUUGAGGAGGCUGAAAAGAAUGCUCCAUCUAUCAUUUUUAUUGAUGAAAUUGAUUCAAUUGCUCCCAAGCGAGAGAAGACACAUGGUGAGGUUGAAAGACGAAUUGUUUCACAACUAUUGACUCUCAUGGAUGGGCUUAAAUCUAGAGCCCAUGUUAUCGUAAUUGGGGCUACAAAUCGCCCAAACAGCAUUGACUCUGCUUUGAGAAGAUUUGGUAGGUUUGACAGGGAAAUAGAUAUUGGGGUUCCUGAUGAAGUUGGGCGCCUUGAAGUUCUUCGCAUUCAUACCAAGAAUAUGAAGCUCUCUGAUGAUGUUGAUCUAGAAAGAAUAUCAAAGAAUACUCAUGGCUAUGUUGGAGCUGAUCUUGCUGCGCUGUGUACUGAAGCUGCUCUUCAGUGCAUCAGAGAAAAGAUGGAUGUCAUCGACUUAGAAGAUGAAUCCAUUGAUGCUGAGAUACUCAAUUCUAUGGCUGUUACAAACGAGCACUUCCAGACUGCUCUUGGAACAAGCAACCCAUCUGCUUUGCGGGAAACAGUUGUUGAAGUGCCCAAUGUUAGCUGGGAAGACAUUGGAGGCCUUGAGAAUGUGAAGCGGGAGCUUCAAGAGACUGUUCAAUAUCCUGUGGAGCAUCCAGAGAAGUUUGAGAAAUUUGGUAUGUCACCUUCAAAAGGCGUUCUUUUCUAUGGUCCGCCUGGAUGUGGGAAAACUCUACUGGCUAAGGCAAUUGCAAAUGAAUGUCAAGCCAACUUCAUUAGUGUUAAAGGACCUGAACUGCUCACUAUGUGGUUUGGAGAAAGUGAAGCCAAUGUUCGAGAAAUUUUCGACAAGGCAAGACAAUCUGCACCAUGUGUUCUCUUCUUUGAUGAGCUCGACUCUAUUGCUACUCAGAGAGGAAACAGUGUUGGAGAUGCAGGUGGUGCUGCUGAUCGGGUUCUGAACCAACUUCUGACUGAAAUGGAUGGCAUGAAUGCUAAAAAGACUGUUUUCAUAAUUGGGGCCACCAACAGACCUGACAUAAUUGACCCUGCACUUCUGCGGCCAGGCCGCCUUGAUCAGUUGAUUUAUAUCCCUCUGCCAGAUGAAGAUUCCCGUCAUCAGAUUUUCAAGUCCUGCCUGAGAAAAUCACCCGUCUCCAAAGAUGUUGAUUUGAGAGCUCUUGCAAAAUAUACUCAAGGCUUCAGUGGGGCUGACAUUACAGAGAUAUGCCAGCGAGCUUGCAAGUAUGCCAUAAGAGAGAACAUUGAGAAAGAUAUAGAGAGGGAGAGGAGGAGCAAGGAGAAUCCUGAUAACAUGGACGAGGAUGUUGAGGAUGAAGUGGCGGAGAUUAAGGCUGCCCAUUUUGAGGAGUCCAUGAAGUAUGCUCGUAGAAGUGUGAGUGAUGCUGACAUACGGAAAUACCAGGCUUUUGCUCAGACCUUGCAGCAGUCACGGGGUUUUGGAACUGAAUUCCGAUUUGCAGAGACGGGAAGUGGAGUUUCUGGAGCUGACCCAUUUUCCACUUCUGCUGGUGGAGCUGAUGAGGAUGACUUGUAUAGUUGAGAUUUUCAGAUAUCCGAGCACUAUUGAAUAUCGGUUUACUCCCGUUUCUAGUGUCCUACACAGUUCUAAACUUGAUACCUAAUGGUUCUUAUCGGUUUGAUACAUGACUUACCAAUUGAAACAAACAUUAAUGUAAUGCAUGGACGUGUUUGGAAACUGAUGUUUUACCUCCUAGAUUCUGUCUCUAAAUGUCUUCCUUAGAGGUUGGUCCUGGUUUAAUUAUAUACCUCUGCAAUCGAAGGGAUGGCUCAGAGUAGUACAUUAUUGGCUUGAGUAACCCUAUUCUCCAAGUUCUUUAUGCUUUACACCUGAAAUGAUUCACUGGUAAGACUCGAACUUAAAAGUUCAAGAUAUUGAUCACAAAAUUUGUGCAAUCUAAAUAGGUUGAUUAGUUUGACUUAUUUUGUUUGUUUCUUUA